AUGUGUGCAGCCCAUGUCAUGAUUCCACUCCAUAAUGGCAGCGAAGACUCAGAGAGUGGAGAUUCCAUUGAAGGACAAGGUCUGAUGGAGUCACAAUUAAUACCUGGCAAUACUCAUGCAGGGAAGCAUUUGAAAGGGGAUAAGCCUUGUUCAAACUCACAGAAAGAGCGGUACAUGGAUUAUGAAGCUGCAGUAAAUGCACCUGUCCUCAAUGUUCGAUGCAAG